AUGAAAGGGUUUAGUGAAGCGUUUGAGUGGUACAGUAAGCUGGACGACUCUGUAAAGGCUACCUACUUCAUUCCAAACUUAAAGUCCAAGCACAACUGGACAGCUGCUGCAGACUACUGCAGAACCAAACUUAUGUCGAUUCCCGAGGCUAAAAAGCUGAUAUCUCCCAAAAACCCACCAACCUUGGCUAUGGCUUUUACAAAUGAGGAAAUUGAUAUGUACUUUAGCCUUGACCAUAUAAAGCAGAGCGAAAACCCGAUUCACAUAGGGUUCCAGCGAAUUAGAAAAACCGCUUACUCAUUUCUAGCGUCUGCUUAUGACAUGACGAUUACUAGCACUAAGAACAAUAUUCUAGAAUAUGAAAAAUACCACUACGAGAACUGGGAACGGGGUCAGCCUUCGUUGAGGAAUGAUGAAAAGUAUGGUUGCAUGACAGUCAAACUGAAGGGCAGAAACGACUGCAAACAGGGUGAAAAACGAUUCAUUUGUGCAAACUAUACGUACGUCGAUGCCAAUGCGAAUCUAGAUCUCAAAAAAGUGCGAAUGGUAAUGAGGCAGGAAAAAAUAACCGAGACUUUGCUGGCCGAGUAUUACAUGGUUUUCUCGAAAUUCACGUUCGAAAGAGCCAGACAACAGUGCAAGUAUUUCGGAGCAGGGUUUGACCUUGCGGUCGGGUUCAACAGACGAGAACUUGAUCUUCUAUACGAAUUGGCAGCAGAAGCAAUGUUUGGCCCGAUAAAAGAGAUCCAUCUUGGCUUCCGAAGAUGGACGUCAGAAAUUACAUACACCUCUGUGGUUUUAAAUGUAGUUUUUAGCUCUUUUUGGGGUAAAAACGAGCCUGCAGGCAGAUCAUCAAAGAAUCAGCACUUUGGAUGUUUGAAGACGGUUAAUUCAAAAGAUAGAACGGACGGAAAAAGUUAUGUGCGAGGUGUUUGUACAUCGGAACAAGCACAAUAUCUGUGUGCGGUAUACGAGAAAAUCCCAUAUAGAGACAUAAACGGUCAAAACAUCAGCAAACCAAUACCAAUCCCGCAGUCAGAAGAGCGAAGCUUAGAAGAUUAUCAUGAGAAGGAUGAGCCUAACGUCCUGGGAAAUCAAUCAGAACCGACACCGGAUGCCAGUCUUGUGAACAAAGAAGGCUCUCUCGAGGCUGUAAAACAACAACUGAUACUUCUGAGUGUUCCACAAACUGUCUUGUUGUUUCUCAAUUUUGCUUUGGUUUCUUCAACAUUCAUUUGUUUCGUUACUAUUUCUUGCUUUUCUAUCAAAAAGGGAGCACAUAAUUAAAAACAAUCAA